AUGUUCAACAACCCGCGGGCGACGCCCCGCCCGCGCCGGGGGCGCGAUAGCACUGCGCCUCGGCAGUCGAUGUUCCCCUCGGAGACCCCAGCACGUAACGUCCACCAGCGUACGAUACCAUCCCCAACGCACGAACACAACUUUGAGGCGGCUGACUACCGCCUCCUCUGGUCCCGCGAUGCUCGGCAUAGCGUGACGGCCGCGGGUGUCCUCCCAACCGAGGUAGCGCGGCAAGUCGAGAACGCCGACUUCAUACUGCACACAGUCGCGGCACAACUCGACCCGGCGAGCGGGUUUGCGCUGGUAUCGGGUCCCGAUUCGUGUUUGGCGUGGAAGUACACGAAGCAGGCUAGCAACCCCACCGUCUCCGUCUUCCCCGCUCCCCAACCUACGCGGUCGCACAUGGCCACUGUUCCUCCCGCCCUCGCUGCUUUCUAUGGCACUACCGAGCCGGGCCUGCUGCUUGUCAGCGCUACUGGCGAGGUGCGGUUUUGGGAGAGUAUGGGUCUGGCACUGCACAAUGUGCAGCGGUUCCAGAGCCUUCAGCUUGAUGUGGGACUCGACUUUGCCGAGCACCUCUGGAAGAUCGACGAGGCCACUUUUGUCGUUACUACCACUGCGUCGACUGGGUUCCGGCUGAGCAUUGUGCACGAGGGUGGGCGCCUCGUGCCCAAGGCGAUAGCGUUUACGCGUGCCAGUGGCAUGAGCAUCUUUACCCGCCAGAGCACGGCUAUCUUCCACGACACCGCCGAACGGAACGGUAUCGUCGCUGCCGCACCGGCCCAGGGCGGAUGCUUCCUUCUCGGCCGCAGCACCCUGCAGAUGUGGAAUCUCGGGCUCGACGGGAGCGUGCGCCUCGGAUGGGAGAUUGACAUCCGCGAGAGCAUCGGUUCCCUCCUCCUCAACACUGACGGCGCGUGGUCAUCUGGCAACAUGCUCCUCAUGUUCAACGACCUCGUUGCUGUUUCGCAGCACAAGCACGCCGUCCUCGUCAGCUACCACCGGCGGGACGGUGCCAGCGGCGACCGCAAGCAGGCACAGCACGCCAUCAUAGUCUUCGAGAACCCCGAUGCCCGCCGAUUCACCGUCGACAACAGCGUGUAUCUCUCGUACCUCGCCCACCCGGACCCGCGCAUGCUCGACGUCCCCCGCCUCUUCAUUCCGCGCGGCUCGCGGACCGCGUUUAUCCGCUUCUCCGACGCGAUUCUCAUGGCGUCCCUCUCGAGCAGCCCGUACGAGGAUGUCAUAUCGCUACGCGAUUCGGGGCGUAACGCGUUCAUAGGCGUCGCGCCUUCCCCUCCUGGGCAUGCCGCAUCUAGCGUCGUGGCGAUGGCAUCGCUCGGUGGUAUCAUGACGAUCGAGGUACACGAGGGUGCCGCGCAGGCGCGCAAGAUGACUUCUGCGGCGAGUGCCACCGCGCGCCUCAAGAACAAGCUCGAGCAGGCUGUCUUCUUCGGUGCCAACCGAGAGAACCCCCUCACCUUCGACCUGCCCGCUGGUUUCCAGGGUGACCUACCCGCGGCGACCGAGGAGGUGUCCGCCGAGGUCGUCUCGAAUAGCGCUGCUUUCAUGACUCCCAUCAGCGAGACGCGGCAGUCGCUCAUGGACCGCCUUGCCAAGUUGCGGGAGCUGUUGCUCUUCAUCCGCCGCAAUGGGGUGCUUAGCUUGCUCCCGGACUCGUCCCGUCGCCGCCUGUCGGCACACGCUGAGAAGAUUCAGGCCGCCCUCGAGCUCUGGGACUACCAGAACCGUGUGAUGGACAAGCUCAACUCGCGUUCGCCGCAGAGCCUGCUGGCAGACAGCAUCCAGACCCUCAUGAGCCAGCUGGGGGACGUUGAUGAGGACUUUGUGCGCGCCUUCUUCCGCCGUCACGUCCUCAGCCUCGACCGCCUCCUUGGCACGGUCUUCGUCACGUUCAAGGCGGCUGUCGAUGGGCUGGCGCCUGGUACGGACUCUUCCGCCUGGGUCCUGGAGGCGAACCGUAUCUUCACUAUCGCGCUCCGAGCCUCGGACGCGUGGCGCAUGAACGAGAUGGACUUGUACGCGAUUGACGCGAACCGCGCCACGGUCCAUCUGUGGACCGCGUCCGACUCGCUCCUUAACGACAUGGACUCACUGUACGCUCUCACGCGCAAGGUCAUUCAAGAUCGCACGCGACGCAUCGGCACCAUUGUCGACGAGGAGUCGAGCAACGCGACGGGCAACAUUGCCCUCCAGCAGAAGGAGCAGGCUGAAUUCAAGGCGCAGAUGACAACUCUUGCUGAUGGACUGUGCGAGAAUGUGGCAGACAAACUGCACGUUGCAGAGACCCGCGCUUCGGGCAAGAGCGAGGACACGGCUGAGACGCGCGACGUCCUCGUUCUCCAACAGAGAUGGGACGAGCUCAAGCCGCGCGUUAUCCGCCCGCUCGAGACUAUUGGCCGUGUCGAGGAGGCGUACUCGCUCGCCGAGCAGUUCCGGGACUUCCCCACCCUUGUGUAUCUGUGCGAGAAGAGCGGUGACGACGGGCGCACGCAGGCGUACAUUGAGCGGUUCGGCAACGACUUUGCCUUUGAGCUGUACCAGUGGUACAUUGACCAACGGCAAUACUACGAGCUGCUAGCGCAGGACGAGGUGUACGGCGCGCGCCUGACGGCAUUCUUCGCGGCGCACCCGCACCCCGCGUUGAGCUGGAUGCACGACAUCGCGAGCAAGCGGUAUGGCGCGGCGGCCGCGGCGCUGACCGUCGUGGACAGGCAGACCGUUGCGCUGGCAGAGAAGCAGCUUGUCGCCUCGAUCGCCAAGCUCGCCGCUGUCGCUGAGUACAAGGUGUCUGGUGGGGGCCCGCACGCCGUGAGCCGCAUCGACGACGAGCUUGACAACAUCGCUGCACAGCGUGCUCUCGCAGACGACCUGCCAGACGACCCUGUGCCGUCGGUGCUUGACGAGCUGCCAGCCCUCAAGCACAUUCUCGAGGACGGGGUGGACGCGCUGCGCGCUGGCGACGCACUCUCCACUGAGGACUUGGUUGACGUGCUCACGCUCAAGGCCGGCGACCGGGGAGGAGACGGUGCGCUGGCUAUCGAGAGGCUUCAGCGCGACGACACGCUGCCAGCCGGCCGCGCCAGCGUCUCUCUCAAGAGCGCAUGGCGGCGGAUCUACAUCCGCGACGACUGGGCCACGCUGGCCAACACAGCUGGCCGAAGCGAGGAGGAUCUGCGCACCGGCCUGCGCCGUACGUGGGCGUACACGACCCUCUUCGCACUUCGGGACACGGGAGUGACCGAGAAGUACGUGCUCUCGCCCGCGCACGCACUUGCGACACCAAGCCAGGUCGAGGUCAGCGCGCGACACCCCUCCUUCUCUGCGGAGGAUGUCGCCGCCCUAAUGCACGACCACGAGGCUGAGUCGCACGUGCUCCUCAAGCUCGUUGAGGCGGGACUCGAGAAGCAACUCCAGGGCGUGCGGCAGCUGGUCAAGGCGGACGCGGAGCGGGAGGCGGACGGCGACGUGGCCAUGGAGUAA